AUGGUGACGAGAAAGCCUGUCCCCUCUCGCAACCCCGAGCCAGCCUCUUCAGCGCCGUAUCCUACCUCUCCGACAGCUCCUUCUGCUCCCAACGGCCACCACGCGUCUGCCUACCAACCACCACACGACUCUGAUCUGUCUCUCCAGCGUACCAGGAGCAGUUCGGCUUCCUCUCACAACACCUGGAACUCUGGCUUCUCUUCUGAUCACGAAGACCAAGACAAUGACCGUCCGAAACCAGAAUCGGCAGACAUUCCUGCUUCACUAAGAGUCGGCCGCCCUCAAGCUGCAGCCGGUCCUCAACACUCCUUCCAAUCGCACAACCCAUACCACAAUCUACACAACCAACCGCAACCGCCGGCUCAAUCUCAACCUCUGCCAUAUCCCUCCGAAGACAGCCAGUCCAUAUGGAGCGAGACACCUCCGCAACCCACGACUGCUGCCCCAGCCCCUCCAUCCUAUCCACCUCCUUCUCUACCUCCUGCGCCCGCCUUUGCUGCUCUGUCGUUAGACGACCAUGUCCAACAGAAUACGAAUGUUGAAGGCCUCGAGCCGCCCCCUCCAGAGAUACCCCAGAAGAGCAGUAGAAGAAGCUUGGUCUCAUCAACAUCCUCCAACCCAUGGCAGCAAGACCUCGACAGGGAACAGAACAUGCAGAAUCCCUGGNNAAGUCUACGCCCAGUCCACAACCGCACCAGCUCGAUGCCGUCUUCCAGCCUCCUCCAGGCCCACCUCCCUCCUUUGCGCCCUCUGCAUUCCCUACCAAAUUUCUCANNACACGCCCUCACCACCGCCUGCCUCUGCUGCGUCGCCCUUGGCCUUCAACGCUCCGUCGACUGCCCCUCCUGCGCCUCCACUUCCGCCCACAAAUCACCAAUAUGGUCCUCCUGUGAAUCACCACUCCGCUCCCCGCCGCAGGCCGCUACGCAGCCAGAAGCCUCCUCGCAACCUCCUACCCUUCCUCCUGUACAGCAAGAAGAAUCUCUCAUAGACUUUAGCGCCGAUAAUGUUCCUCCGCCUCUACCAACAAACUCCGAGCCAAUCAACGUCCAUCAACCCGAACGUAGCACCAACCUCGCCGCCCCUAUAGAAUCUGCCGAAGAACUACUCAGUAAACAACGUAACGAGACGUACCAAAUCAAACAGAUCAACUGGUUCGAUGCCGCCGCUGGAUCUAACGGCCACAUGCGACGCUGUCCUAUCCUGACACAAAAUGCCAACGGCCCUUGUCCUCUGCUUGCUCUUGUCAAUGCUCUGACUCUGUCAGCACCGGAAUCUCCCAAGACAGUUCUGGUUGACACUCUCAGCUCACGCGAACAAAUCAGCCUUGGCCUUCUCUUGGAUGCUGUCUUCGAGGAGCUCGCUAGGAGAACCGAGAUUUCGAGCAAAGCACUCCCUGAUGUUGGUGAGCUCUACACAUUCCUCAUCACCUUGCACACCGGUAUGAACGUGAAUCCACGAUUCGUUGGUGCUCAAAAUGCCUCCGACGGACAACCUGGCUCGUUCGACGAGACAAGGGAGAUGCGUCUGUACAGUGCCUUCGAGGUGCCUCUUGUUCAUGGCUGGGUACCGCCUUCCAUCUCGUCAGCUUAUGAAGCAUUCGAUCGAUCGGCAAAGACUUUCGAUGAUGCACUCAACAUUGAGACCGCUCAGGCCGAACUUGAGCACAAGCUGGGAACCGAUGGGCUGUCAGCGCAUGAACAACAGCUGUUUGAAGACAUCAUUUUCAUCAAAGAGUUCCUGACUAGCUACUCUACUCAGCUGACUGAACACGGUCUCAAGCUGAUUGCAGACUUCUUGAGACCCGGCCAAAUCGCCAUCCUGUUCAGGAACGAUCACUUUUCGACACUGUACAAGCAUCCAAGAAGUGGCACGCUCAUGAAUCUCGUCACAGAUGCAGGUUACUCGUCUCAUGAUGAGAUUGUAUGGGAAAGCUUGGUUGAUGUCAGUGGCGCAGCUGGCAGCUUUUUCUCGGGCGACUUCAGGCCAGUCGGACACAACUCAUCCAAUACUCAAGAUGGAGAUGACUGGCAGACCGUACCCUCGAGGAAUAACCGCAGCUCGCACGGCGGUAUCGCUAGCUCAACUUCUGCUGCGUCUCAGUCACAGCCACCUGCGGAACCUCGGGGACAUGGAUCAGAGCAGGAGGAUGCUGACUUAGCCUUGGCUCUCCAGCUUCAAGAGGAAGAGGAGGAUCAGCAGCGCCGCGCCCAAGCAGCACGCCGCAGACAAGAAGACGAGCUCUCACGCCAAUUCCUCGAGCGUGAAUCUGCAAAUGCUGGUCCAAGCCCGUCUUCAGAGCAGCGUCCUCCAAUCCCUCCCCGAAGGAGUAAUAUGGGCAACAAUACUAAUUCCAACUCUUCUCGUAACAACGCUCCUCCAACAGCAGAUGCGCCAUACAUCCGAGAAAGAAACGAUGGCGAUGAGGAACCACCUACGUACGAGCAGGCGGCUUCUGAUAGACCAUUCCGACCGGCCGGCGCGACACGAGAACCAAGGCAAGGAGAUGCUCUAGGUGCCUUGACAGCACUGCAAAUGCAACAAGGUCCUUUUGCCAAUCAUAGUGGNCAGCAACACAAAUCCCCAACCGCCAUCUAUGCAUCGUAG